UAUGCAAAAUCAAUUUAUAUGAAAAUAUGAAAAAAAAAAAAAGAGUUGUUGUGAAUCGAUUCCCAAAUUGAAGAAAGAAUCGAAUAUUGUUUUUGGUCCUUUUUUUCUCCAAAAUAAGGCCUGUAACCAGUACAGCUCCUUGCCCAGUCAAAACCACCAGUUCUGCCCCCAACCCGACUCCAUAACUCAAUCCUUUAUAUAAAUAAUCCCCCGUUUCUUUUUCUUUAAUCAAAUCCCUUCACUUUUUUUUAAAAAAAUCUUCAUAAGAAAAAAUGACUCCAUUUACUGUUAUGUUAAUGGUUCUUUUCCUUGUGUUCACCUUGUCUCAGGCCCGCUUUUUGACAGUUGAACCGGAGUUACGCCGCUCCGUUCGCCAGGUCCAGGCCCGUUUUUUGACAGUUGAACCGGAACUUGGCGCCACCGCCCAAGAUACUAUCUCGAAUGUACCCGAUUCCGACCCGAGAACCACAACAAUCACUACCCUUCUCUCUGGAGAUAGACCCGGGUCCGAACCCGCCGCCAAAUUAGUUUAUUUCAAGCACGGUGAUGUCCCGGAAACCGACUCCGACGUGGUCUCUGUUCCUUUGGAGAGUACCAGUUUUCGUCCCGUUAACCGGUACUUCUCACGGUACCACCAAAGGUUCCGGCCUUUGAACUCACGGUUCCACAAGAAGCGCUAUAUUUCAUACGGCGAUGAUAUGAUACUGUCCGACGAGAGAACACGUUUUGAACCGGAGUUACGCCGCUCCGUUCGCCAGGUCCAAGCGAGUUGGUCCGAGUUUCCCGGUGGCGGUGCCGAGUCCAAGGUGCCAGUAGAUUUCAUGAAGACUCAUCACCACGUCCACGUACAUUAUCUUGGUGACGAUCAGCAUCAGCAUCAGCAUCAGCAGCAGCACCACCACUAUCACCAUCAACACGGCCGCUACCAUCACCACCGUCACCAUAACAGAGAGGACAAAAGUGGUAAAGUAGAAGAGCACGUGGGUGGCUCCUUGAAGAGAUUAACCAAAUUUUUUAUCCAUUUUUGAGGAUAAUUAACACGUGAUUAAAUAUUAAUCAUGCCUAUGCAUAUAAUAUAAGCUUUUUAGGGUAUUUUGCUGUACUUUAUUGUCGCAUAUGUCUGGGAAAAGAACUACUUUAUAUGAAAAUUAAAGAAUAAUAGAGGCUUAAAAUUCAGAAA